AAGAAGAACAAUGCAGGGACUGGAUUCGUCACCGUAUAGGAUGUUGAGCUCAGUUAAAUGUAGGUUAACAUAAUAGUAAAGAGAGUAUACUUCACAGUGUCUAUUGGUAAAUUACGUGGAUUUCAAUCACAACAAACUAGAAAUCGAAUCGAGCCAGUAUUGUAAUAGUCACAGUUAGGUUUACAGCGCAAUGGCAAAUCUUAACCUAAAACAGGUGAAUAUUCAAAACAACGCUACAUUCCCUCAUCAGCAGAAUGUUGCGCGCUCUACAGAAUCUCCGGGAGACCCCAACGAAAUGAUGGAGGCAGUCGCUCCAUCACCACAAGACGCCAGUUCUGCAAACUCUGAACCUCAAGAGAUGACUGUAGACAUCAAGAACUUCAGAAGACCAGGUGAAAAAACCUUCACUCAGCGUUGCAGAUUAUUUGUCGGUAAUCUCCCGUCAGAUAUGGCGGAUGAAGAUUUCAAGAAGCUCUUUUUCAAAUAUGGCGACGCUAAGGAGGUGUUCAUCAACCGAGACAGGGGAUUCGGCUUUAUACGCCUGGAAACAAGAACAUUAGCAGAGAUUGCUAAAGCUGAGUUGGAUGGAACAGUACUUGGAAACAGACCCAUUCGUAUUCGUUUUGCAACUCAUGGGGCUGCACUUACAGUUAGAAACCUUUCUCCAGUAGUGUCCAAUGAGCUCCUUGAACAGGCCUUCUCACAAUUUGGCCCAGUUGAGCGGGCAAUUGUGAUAGUUGAUGAUCGAGGCCGGCCCACAGGCAAGGGGAUUGUGGAGUUUGCAAAUAAACCUGCUGCCAGGAAGGCCUUGGACCAUUGUGCAGAUGGGGCCCUUUUACUAACCACGUCCCCUCGUCCAGUCAUUCUUGAACCAACAGACCAAUAUGAUGAUGAAGAUGGGCUACCAGAAAAGCUGUUACAAAAAUCUGCACAAUAUCACAAGGAAAGGGAGCAUCAGCCACACUUUGCAGAGCCAGGCACCUUCGAGUUUGAGUACUCCUCUCGCUGGAAAGCACUUGAUGAGAUGGAGAAACAGCAGAGGGAACAAGUGGAACGGAACAUACAAGAAGCAAAAGAGAAAUUGGAGGCUGAAAUGGAGGCUGCCAAACAAGAACAUCAACUAAUGAUGAUGCGACAAGAUCUCAUGAGACGUCAAGAGGAACUACGGCGCUUAGAGGAGCUCAGGAAUCAGGAGCUACAAAAACGCAAGCAGAUUGAGUUGAGGCACGAGGAAGAAAGACGUAGACGCGAGGAAGAUAUGAUUCGUCAUAGAGAGCAGCUUGACAUAAGACGCCAGCCAGAUGGAUUCAAGUCCAGUUUCAUGGAGAGUAGAGAACAGGAUAUGAGAAUGAAUGAAAUGGGAACACGUGGAGCCAUUAAUAUAGGAGAUUCAUUUAACCCUGUGACUGCAGUUAGUGGUAACCAAGGUCCCACACAAAUGAUGGGCAUGGGAGGCAGACUUGGAGCUAUGGGGCCUGAUGGAUCAUCGAAAAUGGGGACACCCCUGAUUCCAGAUAAUGGAGUAAUGCAUAAUGAGCGAUUUUCUGAAGGAGGACCCCUUCAAAUGGGUUCUCCUGUAGGUGGGCAGACUGGUGUUGACUCCCCUCAGCCACAGCAACACUCACCCAUGCUGGUUGGGGCAGGUACUGUUCCUGGUGUGCUUGGCCAAAGUGGCUUUGGGAGAGGAAGUCCAGUUGGGGGCAGCUUUGAUGGGCCUAACAACAAACGACGUAGAUAUUAAAAUGUAUUUUCUUUAGUAAUUGUGCUCAGAUUGGAUUACUCUGACUCAUGAUUACUAAUAUAUAAUCAUGUAUUACCUUUCAGCCAUUUUGACAAGUAUAUUUACGUCUAAUAUAGACAGAAAUGGAAUGAGCCAGACCUUGUGUUAAUGUGAAGCACUGUUACGAAUUAUUAAAAGCCAUUGAAUUAGCUUGUACUUUGCAAAAUAUUGUAGCUUAUUGUAGAUUGCUUGCUAUUAAUGUAGUCAUUACUUUUAUUUAAAUAUCUGGAACUAAGCAAUGUUUUCCUGUGAAUGAGUUUUUUUUGGAAAUGGCAUGUUUUCAUUUUUAUUUUAUUAUUAUUAUUAUUAUUAUUAUUAUCAUCAUCAUCUGUAUGUUCAGAGUUGGAUUUUUUAUCAGUCCUUUGAAUAAAAGUGUGAAUAAUAGUGACACAUAAUUACUUGCAUUAGUAAUUGAGUUUGAUUUAAACUAGAAAUCCCUGCUUUUACUUUUGAGUAAUGUCAUUCUUGUUGCAGAUGAUGGAAUGGCAAGUACGAAGUGUUUAAUGUGCUUAUUAUAUAUAAGCAUAAUAUAUAUGAUAUAUAUAAGCAUAUCAGGUCCAUAGCCAGCCUGGUGAAAGGGGUGGUUCUUUUUCUCCAAAGCUGGACCUUUUUGCAGUUAAUCCCUUUAUUUAUAUUUAAUUAUGAAGUUUAAAUACGACAUUUUAGUGAAAUUUUAAACAGAUUUUUGCUGGAUUAGCUUUUUAGCUGAAAUCAUUGUGUACAUGCUUUUGAUGCACCAAAAAAUACUAUUGUCAUAGUAAAUAGUAUAAAUACUACUUUGUCAGAUUGCUAUUUCACUGUAUUAUUUGCUUCUUAAUUACCCCCGAAAAUACCGCUAAAAUCAGAAGCUUGGGUUUUGACUUUUUUGUACUCAUCAGCUCUGCCACUAGUAUCAGUGAUUUAAGGGGCAAUUCACAUAUAGUGUGUUUAAAGCGUGAUAUGCGUCACUUCUUUCACCAAUUUAAAUGCACCUUGUGUAGCAAUUUGUAAUUUUUUCCAUAAAUAAAACUAAUAUGUACAAACAUUUUUUUUUUU